AUGGCACCAGUUGCAGUCGAAACAGCCCCUAUCCCAAGCCAUCUCCUCGCCUCAGCAAAUUAUGACCUGCCCGCAAAGAAACUGCAGCCUCCCCUACCCACCAAGCCACAAAUGCACUCGUACCAAGGAUACGACAACGUACACUGGUACGUCGGCAACGCAAAACAAGCCGCAGCCUUCUACAUCACACGAAUGGGCUUUCGAAAGCUAGCCUAUCGCGGAUUAGAGACAGGCUCCAAAGUCGUUGCCUCCCAUGUCGUCAGUAACGGCAAGGUGGUCUUUGUCUUCACCUCACCACUCUAUGCACCAAACAGCAAAAGGCAGGACUUUUCGAAAGAAGAUCAGGAAUUGCUUAGAGAAGUUCAUGAUCACUUGACGCAGCAUGGCGAUGCGGUGAAAGACGUUGGUUUUGAGGUCGAUGAUGUUGAGGCGUUGUAUGAUGCUGCGGUAUCUAGGGGAGCUUGUGCUGUUAGUGCUCCAAGGACAAUUAGUGAUGAGUUUGGCUCGGUGAAGAUGGCUACGAUUCGAACGUAUGGUGAUACUAGCAAUCAGGACUGGAACGAGAUGGAAGACGCCUGUGACUACUACGAAAAAGUUCUCGGCUUCCACCGAUUCUGGUCAGUAGAUGACAAAGAUAUCUGCACAGAUUACUCAGCGCUCAAGUCAGUGGUCAUGGCCAGUCCAGAUGAGAGGAUAAAAAUGCCACUCAACGAACCAGCAGCUGGCAAGAAGAAAUCGCAGAUCGAAGAAUACAUCGACUUCUAUGGUGGUGCUGGAGUCCAACAUAUCGCGCUAAGAACAGGAGAUAUCGUCCGGGACGUGACUAACCUGAAGGAACGCGGUAUCGAAUUCAUCAAAGUUCCUGACACAUAUUAUGAGCAGAUGAAGAGCCGCUUGCAGAAGGCUGGCCUGCAGAUAUCGCAAGACUUCGAGAAGCUGAAAGAGCUUGGUAUCCUGAUUGAUUUCGACGAGACCGGAUAUCUGCUCCAGCUCUUUACAAAACAUUUAAUGGAUCGACCCACUGUUUUUAUUGAGAUCAUAUAUCGGAAUAAUUUUAGUGGUGAGUGGUUUCCUGACGAUCUGAAUGCGAGCUCCAAGAAGGUACUGACGCUAGCAGGUUUCGGUGCCGGCAACUUCAAGUCUCUGUUCGAAGCCAUUGAACGAGAACAGAUGGCCCGUGGAACCUGGUGA